AUGGAAGACAGGAGUGAGGAGACUGUUGAGUGGAUUGGUGCCCCAAACGUGAGGAUGGACAAGAAGAGAGAAGAAGGGAAGGAGCCAAGUGAAAAGGCGGGAGAUAUUGAAUUCUUGCCUGGGGCUCGUCAAAUGCAAAAACUCAUAGCCACUGAUCCUUCUGGUGGUUGGGAGAGUUGUUGGGAGCAGGGAGUGACACCAUGGGAUUUAGGACGCCCAACACCUAUCAUCUUGCAUCUUCAUCAGACAGGUGCCCUUCCUAAGGGCAGGGCUUUAGUCCCUGGAUGUGGCUCUGGUUAUGAUGUGGUGGCAAUGGCAUGCCCUGAACGCUAUGUUGUUGGAUUAGACAUCUCGGGCAAGGGCAUUGAAAAAGCAGAAGAGCGUUCUUCCUCAUUACCAAAUUCAAGUCACUUUACAUUCUUAAAGGAAGACUUCUUUACUUGGCAACCUCCUGAGUUGUUUGAUCUCAUUUUCGAUUAUACGUUCUUUUGUGCUAUCGAACCAGGGAUGAGAUCAAGAUGGGCAAGCAAAAUUCAAGAAAUGUUGAAACCUGAUGGAGAGCUCAUAACAUUGAUUUUUCCAAUCAGUGAUCAUGUUGGUGGACCCCCAUAUAAAGUAUCAGUCUCCGAUUAUGAAGAGCUGCUGCACCCCAUGGGCUUCAAGGCUGUAACCAUUGUUGACAAUGAACUUGCAGUUGGAGCUCGCAAGGUGGAUUGGGACAUACCUAUCACUAAUUGGUUUGAGAUGAAAGCCAAUCUUAUGGAAAGGCACAGGCCAGGCAAUUAUGUUCAAAAGAUUCGCGAGGCACCUUAUUUUUUACCACAAGACAACCUAACUAUUAAUGAAUAUAUGAAAAAUUUUGAAGAGCUGAAGAUCAAAGGUCAAAUUGUGGAAGAUCUUGAACAUGCUCUUGCCCGAUUCAAGGCAAUAUCAUUUAUGCAUUCGUUAGCCGAACCGAAAGGAAGACAGGAGACUGUUGAGGUUUCUUUGGAAGUUGCUGUUGGUAGGAUGGAGAGAAGAGAAUUCAGGCAAGAUGGGGUUUGGCUCAAUUUGGGUGUUCUGUUUAUUUUUUGGAAUAAGAAAAGUCUACGAAUAUUCAGGGUCGCAGACUUCUUUACUUGCCAACCUCCUGAGUUGUUUCAUCUCAUUUUCGAUUACACGUUCUUUUGUGCUAUUGAACCAGGGAUGAGGUCAAGAUGGGCAAGCAAAGUUCAAGAAAUGUUGGAACCUGAUGGAGAGCUCAUAACAUUGAUUUUUCCAUUGUGGAUUGGUGCCACAAACGUGAGGAUGGACAAGAAGAGAGAAGAAGGAAAAGAGCCAAGUGAAAAGGCGGUAGAGGGUGAUUUUGAAUUCAUGCCUGGGGCUCAUCAAAUGCAACAACUCAUAACCCCCGAGUCUUCUGAUGGUUGGGAGAGUUGUUGGGAGCAGGGAGUGACACCAUGGGAUUUAGGACGCCCAACACCUAUUAUCUUGCAUCUUCAUCAGACGGGUGCGCUUCCUAAGGGCAGGGCUUUAGUCCCUGGAUGUGGCUCUGGUUAUGAUGUGGUGGCAAUGGCAUGCCCUGAACGCUAUGUUGUUGGAUUAGACAUCUCAGACAAGGGCAUCGAGAAAGCAGUAGAGACAGACUUCUUCACAUGGCACCCACCUGAGUUGUUUGAUCUCAUUUUCGAUUAUACGUUCUUUUGUGCUAUUGAACCAGGGAUGAGAUCAAAAUGGGCAAGCAAAAUUCAAGAAUUGUUGAAACCUGAUGGAGAGCUCAUAACAUUGAUUUUUCCAAUCAGUGAUCAUGUUGGUGGACCCCCAUAUAAAGUAUCAGUCUCCGAUUAUGAAGAGGUGCUGCACCCAAUGGGCUUCAAGGCUGUAACCAUCGUUGAUAAUGAACUUGCAGUUGAACCUCGCAAGGGAAGACAGGGGACUGUUGAGGUUUCUUUGGAAGUUGCUGUUGGUAGGAUGGAGAGUAGAGAAUUCAGGCAAGAUGGGGCUAGUACAUUUCAGUUGUGGAUUGGUGGCAAAAACGUGAGGAUGGGCAGGAAGAGAGAAGAAGGAAAGGAGGCAAGUGAAAAGGCGGGAGAGGGUGAUGCUGAAUUCAUGCCUGGGGCUCAUCAAAUGCAACAACUCCUAGCCACUGAGUCUUCUGGUGGUUGGGAGAUUUGUUGGGAGGAGGGAGUGACACCAUGGGAUUUAGGACGCCCAACACCUAUUAUCUUGCAUCUCCAUCAGACUGGUGCGCUUCCUAAGGGCAGGGCUUUAGUCCCUGGAUCUGGAUCUGGUUAUGAUGUGGUAGCAAUGGCAUGCCCUGAACGCUAUGUCGUUGGAUUAGACAUCUCAGACAAGGCCAUCGAGAAAGCAGUGGAGGCAGACUUCUUCACUUGGCAACCUCCUGAGUUGUUUGAUCUCAUUUUCGAUUAUACGUUCUUCUGUGCUAUUGAACCAGGGAUGAGAUCAAGAUGGGCAAGCAAAGUUCAAGAAUUGUUGAAACCUGAUGGAGAGCUCAUAACAUUGAUUUUUCCAAUCAGUGAUCAUGUUGGUGGACCCCCAUAUAAAGUAUCAGUCUCAGAUUAUGAAGAGGUGUUGCAUCCCAUGGGUUUCAAGGCUGUAACCAUUGUUGAUAAUGAAAUGGCAAUUGGAGCUCGCAAGGGAAGAGAGAAAUUUGGAAGAUGGAAGAGGUCUGCAACCCAAUCCUUAAUUUGA